AUGGAUCCUAUAUCAAUAUUAGGUGGUGCAGUUAUUGAUAUCGAUGGGAACGGACCACCUGGAGAUUUCCCUGGUUGGUUAAGAGAAAUAGUAGACCGUGCAUUAGGCACAAAUGCAUUCCAUUCAAAACCAAGACUGGCAUCCGACGAAGCAAUAGCAAGUUUAGUCAGAGUCAAUCCUCAUGAAUUAGAGGAAAAGGACUGUCCUAUUUGUUUUGAUCCUUAUGAAAUAAAAGAGACGGAGGUUGAAGAAGAAGAAACUGAAAACCCGUAUUUACAUACCAAACAAGUGUAUGAUCAGUUGAUAUCUGAAGAUAAGAUACUUAUGGAAAAGUUGAAUCUGUAUGGGAUUAAUCUAGAAUCAAUGGAAAGUAGAAGUAGAUUCUGUGAUCCUGCGAUGUUCUUCCCUACUGAUUAUACAGGGUCUCAUUAUAGUCGUUUCCCACAAUGUAAUUUAUCAACCUUGCAGAAAGUCACAUUGGAAGAUCAAUUCCCUGAUUAUGAGGAUCAAGACAAAAUAAAAGAAGAUAAAGAUGACCGUAUAAAGCAGUUUAAGAAAGAUGGCCAUAUUGCGGUAAAGAUGCCAGAAUGUGAUCAUAUAUUUGGAAUGUCAUGUAUUGUAGAAUGGCUAAAAUCGAAUGUCAGUUGUCCAUUAUGUAGAAAAGAAGUAGAUGCCAAAGAUGAAAGUCCCGCCAUAAAGAAAGAAACUAGAUUAAAUCAAAUCACCAGAAGUAAUUUUAAUAAUCGUGACGCUGCUUUAUUUCACAUAAGAAAGCAUUCAACUGACGUAUUCAACCCAUUUAAACGUCCGUUCAAUCCUUCAAUUACACCAGUUACAGAUUCAUAUAUGCCACAAGAUUGGGUAACACCAUCAACCCAAUCAAGAGUUAGAGUUAGGGACCCGGAAAUAGUCGUACCUAAACGAUUUCCAUUUCCAGACCCAAUACCAUUAACAAGAGCAAUUCCAAUUUCUCGAUUUCAUAGAAGAACAAGAUCACAGCCACUGACAACUCCUCAGCAAACUCCAGGAACUGCAUCUAGUAAUGCAUCCGGGACACGUCGAGUUAAUUUUUCUCCCCAUACAACUAAUAUUGACGAUUUACAUGAUGAAUCAAGUGGAAGUGAAAGUAGUGCAAGUAGUCUACUUAAUAGUACAGUGACAAGUCCAACGGUUGAAUCGGAUGGCAAUGCCAGAAAUAAUACAUUGCUGUUUAUGCAAAGGUUGCAUAAUAGAUUACUGAGAAAUAGAGGUAAUCAAGAAGAAGAACACAGAGGAGGUCCUGAUAGAACUAGACGUAAUGGUGGAAAUGGGAGAAGACAUCCUUAUUCUAGAGAACCUUCUGAUGAUUAA